GGAAGGAAGUAGUAUUUCCCCAUCAAAACCCUACUCCCCUUCAGCCAAGCGUAGAUGCUUCAAUAGGGUGCCGACCCUAAAUGGACGUGCCGACUUCCACUGAGACGAUUGUGCAGAAUCUGUGUAUCCCAGAAAGUCUACAUCAGCCGAAGGCUGACAUCGGCGGCGAUGUGGAAACACAUACAUCUCAUAAGACCGCCGAAGAGCUAGUGGCCAAAGCCAUUGCUCCGGUUAAGAGGGAAUAUCUUCGUCCUCCCCCGCAAAGAAAAUGUGGCGAUAGUAGCACCCACACCUCCUAUGUAGAAAACGACGACGCUGUGGAGGCCAAGUCCAAAAGUCUACUCAGUGUGAAGAAAUCCAAGCGCCAACUCAAACGUGAACGCCUUCAGGAACGCAAAUCUCCUCUAAGCUUGUGUCCCGUGGUGGCAAAAGCUGGAAAUGUUAGUGCAUGUGCUUACAAUGACCAGUGCCGCUUUAGCCAUGACUUGGAAGCUUUCAUUGCUCAGAAACCAGCUGAUAUAGAGGGCUUCUGCCCUUUCCUAGAUACUGAAGGGCCAUGCCCGUACGGGGUGGCAUGCAGAUUUAUGGGUACACACAAAGAUGAUCUGAAAGAGGAGACUUCAAAACCUCACAUGAAGAAUUCCGAGUCAAAUAUAUUGAGCAAGGAAACUCAAAAGCUGUUGUGGAAAAAUAAAGUGAAGUUUACCAAUGCCGAGGCUGCUCUCAAACAUCUUGGACUUUCGGGAAAGAUAAAAAACAAUAAGUUUCCCAAUAAAGAGGAAGAUAAUGAAACAACGAAGAAUAGCUCUUCCACCUCUCAUAAUGAUGAAGUUUCUGCAGAUGCUACAAUUAAAUUAGAGAACUCCCGUUUAGUAACCGGUGAGGAAGAAAUCAAGGAUGCUAUUGCAAUUGAAGAUGACCGACCUCCAAAGAAGGCUAAAUCAUUAACUUAUGAAACACCCAUUGCAAUGGAUGUUAACAAUGGUUCAAAUGUUCAUGAGAAAGAGCUUGCCAAUAACCCUGAAGGAGAUUCAUCUGCAGCAACAAUAGAUCCUCUUAGUGUAGAGACUGAUAAAAGUAUUAAAGUUCAAGCACGCGAGAAGAAGCUUAUUGAUUUCAAAGAGAAACUUUACCUUGCCCCUCUGACUACAGUUGGGAAUCUACCUUUUCGGAGGGUUUGUAAGGUGCUGGGAGCUGAUAUAACUUGUGGUGAAAUGGCAAUGUGCACAAAUCUUUUACAGGGUCAAGCAUCUGAAUGGGCCCUACUAAGGCGUCACUCUUGUGAAGACAUUUUUGGCGUUCAGAUAUGUGGGGCAUAUCCAGACACGGUUGCAAGAACUGUUGAUCUUAUUGAACAGCAUUGCUCGGUUGACUUCAUUGAUAUAAACAUGGGAUGCCCAAUUGAUAUUGUGGUUAACAAGGGUGCUGGAUCAGCACUUCUUACAAAACCAAUGCGAAUGAGAAGUGUAAUAGAAGCAGCUUCUGGAACUACUGGCAUACCAAUAACCAUCAAGGUCCGGACUGGAUAUUUUGAAGGCAAGAACCGCAUUGAUUCUUUGAUAGCAGAUAUUGGAAACUGGGGAGCUACUGCUGUUACUAUACACGGACGAUCACGUCAACAACGGUACAGCAAGCUUGCUGACUGGGAAUACAUCUACCAGUGUGCAAAAAGAGCUCCAAAAUCAGUGGAAGUCCUAGGCAACGGCGAUGUAUUUUCAUACAUAGACUGGAAUACGCACAAAAGUGAUCGUCCUGAGCUUUCUACAUGCAUGGUUGCUCGAGGUGCACUUAUAAAGCCUUGGAUAUUUACUGAAAUCAAGGAACAGAGGCACUGGGAUAUUAGUUCUGGGGAACGGCUGGAUAUCCUGAAGGAUUAUGUGCGUUUUGGCCUUCAACACUGGGGUUCUGACUCAAAAGGAGUGGAGACUACCAGGCACUUCUUGUUGGAGUGGCUUAGUUACACCUGUCGGUAUAUUCCAGUUGGUCUCUUAGAUGUCAUCCCUCAAAGAAUUAAUUGGCGACCACCUGCAUACCAUGGGCGAGAUGACCUUGAGACACUCAUGGCUUCUGAUUCUGCUGCUGAAUGGAUAAGGAUUUCUGAAAUGCUACUUGGAAAGGUUCCUGAAGGCUUUUCCUUUGCACCGAAGCACAAAUCUAAUGCUUACGAUCGAGCGGAAAAUGGCUAAUAAUGUACUUAUCUCUUACUAUCUGCACUUGGAGAGCAUGUCUUUGCCUGUACUUUAAUUAUAAUCAAUGUAUUAGUAUUCAAAGUUUAUCCGUGACCUGUAAUUUUUGGAAACCAAUAUUUUCUAUUAAUUUUAUUUUAGAGCUUAAAAAAAAGGUUUGAACAUUGUACGGAGGAAAUAAAAUUACAUUGUUGCUAUAAGUUUAUGCCAAUCUCCAAAAGUCAAAAGGCAUGCAGCAAAACAUAGUUCAAGCACAUUCUUCAAGCCAAAACACAGCAGAAAGGAGAAAAUGUUUCCCAAAGUAAUAUGGGCAUUGGGUUCUGAACAAACCAAGAUAAUAGCGCGCCACAACGCUCAAAAAGGCAAAAAAAAUUAAUUAUGAAUUCUUGGUAUGGCUGAUUUCUGUUCUUCAAUUCCAUCCAUAUAUCAACCAGUUCUUUUAAUUAUGUGAACACCACUAUCCGUAUCAACAA